AGUGUUGCGCUCUUGUCUUUCACGGGGAUUUUCCUCCUGCCCACUUCUUACACCGCUGUUUUAUCCCACUUUUGAAAGGGAUCGGAGUCGAUUUCUGCUCUUCUUUCGUGACAUCUUCUCUCGCAGGGACAUGCUUUCUCCCACGGGCGCGUGGUGUGUAUUUUAAAAGUCUCACCUGGAGCGUCCGCAUGUGAGAGUUCAUUUGAGGAGUGUGCAGAGGUGUGUGUGUGUGCGUCUCUGGAGCGGAACAGUGGUCCGCAGUGGUGCGCUACUGUGCGGAGAGGCGAGCCCCGGUUCCGCGGGGGAUUCGGACGCAGGACAUCGGGGACAUGUGGAAGUUUGUGCCGCUCUAGCGCAGCAGAGCCGGUUCAGCGCCUGUCGGGGGACGAACCCCUGUUCCUUCAUCGCAAUUCAUUGACAAAUGUAACAUUUUUCUUAAAGAGUGUAAGAUAUUCCCGGGGCUAUCAGGCAUCCCGAGCGCUGCAACUACGCCAGGACUCCGGGAUUUUAUCCUGAACCCUCGUUCUUACUGCUACAAGUCUCCGGGUCGUGUUUGGCCCCCACUUGCCGCAGUGAUGGUGGGAGCUCCGAGUCCUGCUGGUCCCGGCCGCUCCCCGGCUUCUACAACACUUCUGCUGGUGCUGGUUGUGAUUCUGGUUCUGUCCGGCGGCGCGGCUUCUCAGCCCUGCCCGGCGCAGUGCUCCUGCAUCGGGACGACAGUGGACUGUCACGGCCAAGGACUGCGCAGUGUGCCAAGGAAUAUACCCCGCAACGCCGAGAGACUGGAUCUGAACGCCAACAACCUGACCAAAAUCACGAAGGCCGAUUUUGCUGGACUAAAGAAUCUGCGAGUGUUACAGCUCAUGGAGAAUAAAAUCACCACAAUUGAAAGAGGAGCCUUUCAGGACUUGAAGGAGCUGGAAAGACUGCGUCUGAAUCGGAAUAAUCUGGCCGUGUUCCCCGAACUCCUAUUCCUGGGGACAACUAAACUUUACAGACUUGAUCUCAGCGAGAAUCAGAUCCAGGGGGUUCCACGGAAAGCCUUCAGGGGAGCGGUGGAGAUUAAGAACCUGCAGUUGGACUACAACCACAUCAGCUGUAUCGAGGAUGGAGCCUUCCGAGCGCUGCGUGACCUGGAAGUUCUCACACUCAACAACAACAACAUCACCCGACUGUCAGUGGCCAGUUUCAACCACAUGCCAAAGCUCAGAACCUUUCGCUUGCACUCCAACAACUUACAGUGCGAUUGCCAUGUGGCCUGGUUAUCAGAGUGGCUGCGUCAGCGCCCCCGUCUGGGACUCUACACACAGUGCAUGUCUCCACCACAUCUGAGGGGCCACAACGUAGCGGAAGUGCAGAAGAAGGAGUUUGUCUGCAGUGACUGGGACGAAGGUCACCAGUCGUCAUCAUAUUCCUCCUGCAGUGUGUUACAGUGCCCUGAGUCCUGCACUUGCAGUAAUAACAUUGUGGACUGCAGAGGAAAAGGCCUGACAGAAAUACCAACCAAUCUGCCGGAAACUAUUACAGAGAUACGACUGGAGCAGAACGCCAUCAAGGUCAUCCCAGCUGGGGCCUUUUCUCCUUAUAAGAAGCUCCGCAGAAUAGACUUGAGCAACAACCAGAUAUCGGAGUUGGCCUCAGACGCCUUCCAGGGUCUGCGCUCCCUCAACUCACUUGUCCUUUAUGGAAAUAAAAUCACAGAGAUUUCAAAGGGACUUUUGGAGGGGCUCUUCUCUCUGCAGCUACUGUUACUGAAUGCUAAUAAGAUAGCGUGUCUGCGUGUGGAUGCUUUUCAAGACCUCCACAACCUCAAUCUGCUCUCACUGUACGACAACAAGCUGCAGACCAUCGCCAAGGGAACGUUCUCUUCGCUCAGAGCCAUCCAAACACUUCAUUUAGCUCAGAACCCCUUCAUCUGUGACUGCCAUCUGAAGUGGUUGGCUGACUACCUGCAAGACAAUCCCAUUGAGACCAGCGGCGCCCGCUGCACCAGCCCGCGCCGGCUUGCCAAUAAACGAAUUGGACAAAUCAAGAGCAAGAAGUUCCGCUGCUCAGCUAGAGAACAAUAUUUCAUUCCAGGAGUACACCAUGUUGGCUGUACGGAGGAUUACCGCAGUAAGCUGGGAGGGGACUGCUUCGCUGACCUGGCUUGCCCUGAGAAGUGUCGCUGCGAGGGCACCACAGUGGACUGCUCCAACCAGAAACUCACAAAAAUACCAGAUCACAUCCCACAGUACACUGCUGAACUGCGUCUCAACAACAAUGAAUUCACUGUGCUGGAGGCGACAGGGAUCUUCAAAAAGCUGCCACAGCUGAGGAAGAUCAACUUGAGUAACAACCGCAUCACUGACAUAGAGGAAGGGACGUUUGAAGGAGCUUCGGGGGUCAACGAGUUGAUUCUGACAUCCAACAGAUUGGAAAACAUACACCACCGCAUGCUGAAGGGCCUCAGCGGACUCCGUACUCUCAUGCUGAGAAGCAACCGCAUCAGCUGCGUGAGCAACAGCAGCUUUGUGGGUUUGAGCUCGGUGCGUCUCCUGUCGCUUUACGAUAACCAGAUCACCUCCAUGAACCCAGGAGCCUUCGACACGCUGCACUCUCUCUCCACACUAAACCUUCUGGCCAAUCCCUUCAACUGCAACUGUCACCUGACCUGGCUCGGUGACUGGCUGAGGAGGAAGCGCAUUGUCACCGGCAACCCUCGCUGCCAAAGCCCUUACUUUCUGAAGGAGAUCCCCAUACAGGAUGUGGCAGUCCAGGACUUCGCCUGUGAAGAAGGUGAGAUGGAAGAGUGUGGGAUGCAGAUCGAGGAGAAGCUGACUAUGUCCUCACCAGGUAACGAUGAGAACAGCUGCUCUCCGGUGUUGAGGUGUCCGGCGGAGUGCUCCUGUCUGGACACUGUGGUGCGCUGCAGCAACAAGGGCCUUACCACGCUGCCCAAAGGUCUGCCCAAGGAGACCACUGAACUGUAUCUGGACGGUAACCACUUCACCCAGGUUCCAGUGGAGCUCUCCAAUUACAAACACCUGACGCUCAUUGAUUUGAGUAACAACCAGAUCAGCACGUUGUCCAACCACAGCCUCAGUAACAUGUCCGAGCUGCUUACCCUAAUCCUGAGUUACAACCGCCUGCGGUGCAUACCAGUGCGGGCGUUUGAUGGACUCAAGUCUCUUCGCUUAUUGUCUCUCCAUGGUAACGACAUAUCGCUGAUACCAGAAGGAGCCUUCAAAGACCUGGCAUCUCUUUCCCACCUGGCUCUGGGCGCCAACCCUCUGUACUGCGACUGCCACAUGCAGUGGCUGUCAGACUGGGUGAAGAGUGGCUACAAGGAACCAGGCAUCGCCCGCUGCGCUGGGCCUGGAGAUAUGACAGAUAAACUGCUGCUCACCACACCGUCCAAGAAGUUCACCUGCACAGAGGUUCCUGGGCCGUGUGGUUUUCUGGUAGCAGGUCCAGUGGAGUUAAGUGUCCAGGCUAAAUGUGAGCCCUGUCUGUCCAAUCCAUGCCAAAAUGAUGGCACUUGCUCCAAUGACCCGGUCAACUACUACCGCUGCAACUGCCCCUUUGGCUUUAAGGGUCAAAACUGCGAAGAGCCAAUUCACGCCUGCAUCAGCAAUCCUUGCCUGAAUGGAGGGACCUGCCAUCUGAAGGAAGGAGAUGGGGGCAACUUCUGGUGUGUGUGUCCAGAAGGCUUUGAGGGCGACACGUGUGAGGUCAACAUUGAUGACUGCGAGGACAACGACUGUGAGAAUAACUCCACCUGCGUGGACGGGAUCAACAACUACACGUGCAUGUGCUCACCUGAGUACACAGCUGCUACCAAUGAGGUGGAGAGAGGUGAGCUUUGCGAAGAAAAGCUGGACUUCUGCGCACCAGAGUUGAACCCGUGCCAACAUGACUCCAAGUGCAUUCUCAUCAAUAAAGGAUACAAGUGUGAGUGCACUCCAGGUUAUGUAGGUGAGCACUGUGAGUUGGACUUCGACGACUGUAAAGAUAACAAAUGUCAAAAUGGAGGCCAUUGCAUUGACGCGGUCGACGGGUACACGUGCGUCUGUCCGCAGGGGUACAGUGGGUUGUUCUGCGAGUUUUCCCCCCCGAUGGUCCUUCCUCGCACCAGUCCAUGCGACAACCACGACUGCCUCAACGGGGCGCAGUGCGUAGUCAUGGGAGCGGACCCCCGCUGUCAGUGUCUUCAUGGCUAUGAGGGAGAACGCUGCGAGACGCUGGUCAGUGUCAACUUUGUCGACCGAGAGUCGUACCUGCAACUCCCGUCCAACCUGAUCUCACCGCAGACCAACAUCAGCCUGCAGAUUGCUACAGAUGAGGACAGUGGGGUGUUGCUGUACAAAGGGGAUAAUGAUCACAUUGCCAUGGAGCUGUUCAGAGGACGGCUGCGGGUCAGCUACGAUACCGGCGCCUACCCUCCGUCAGCCAUUUACAGCGUGGAGACGGUGAAUGAUGGGACUUUCCACGCCGUCGAGCUGGUGGCGUCCGAUGACACUCUGUCUCUGUCCAUCGACGGGGGGCUGCCAAAAUCCAUCCACUCCAUCAGUAAACAGUCCACACUCAACAUCGACUCGCCGCUUUAUCUGGGAGGGAUGCCUGAACGGACCUCAGCCUCGGGCGGCCUGUCAGCUCUGCAGCACAGCUCCAGUGGACGCAAUGGCACCAGCUUCCACGGCUGCCUGCGUAAUCUAUACAUCAACGGGAAGCUCCAGGACCUCGGAGCGGGAUCUGGACCUGCAGGCUCGGAGAAGGCGCAGAGCACUGGCAGAAGCUGGCUGGGUCAGGGGGUGGAGCCGGGCUGCCAGCCGUGUCAAAGAGGAGCAUGUGAGCAAGGAGACUGCCACCCCACUGGCCAUCGGGGAUUCACAUGCACCUGCCACCCGGGUUGGACUGGAACGUUGUGUGAUGAACAAGUCAACAAUCCAUGCGAUGGCAACAAGUGUGUCCACGGGACCUGCUUCGCCAUCAACUCCUACUCUUACUCCUGCCGCUGCCAGCCAGGCUUUGCCGGCGUCCUCUGUGACGCGCAGAAUCAGGAGUCCUCCGCCGCCUGCAGCCUACUCUACUGCAAACACGGCAAAUGUCGAGUGUCAGGGUUGGGCAAGGCGUACUGCGAAUGUAACAGCGGCUACACAGGAGAGGCAUGUGACAAAGAGGUGGCCUGUCGAGGUGAACGGGUCCGAGAUUACUACCAGAGCCAGCAAGGCUACGCGGCGUGCCAAACCCAGGAGAAGGUCUCCCGUCUAGAGUGUCGGGGCAGCUGCACUGGGGGUGCAGACGGACUGGCGACCUGCUGCACCCCCCUACGCAGCAAACGCAGGAAAUACACCUUCCAGUGCACCGACGGUUCCUCCUUUGUCCAGGAAGUGGAGAAAGUCGUCAAGUGUGGCUGUACAAAGUGUUCCUCGUAAAAGAUAAAGAGACAGCACCCUCCGAUUUUUCACUUCUACAGUUUUGUGUUCCUGCCCGACCUGACAAACCCAACACCACUCAUCCCGCCAUUUGUAUUUCUGGGGAAAAAAGAAAAAAAAAAUCCUUCCUUGUCAGUGCUGGACUGAUGAUUGAUGGGGAUGUUGAAUCAUAUUGUAAAAAAAAAACAGACUAUUUUUAUUACGAAGUGGAGAAAAAAAAAAGACAUUUCCUCGCUUCUUUUUAUCAGUCAUGAUGACUCCGAUGGUGUGCCACUGUCCCUUCCCUGGAGGACUGACCCGGUCAGUGACAGCUUCCUGUAGAACUUCCUGCUCCCCAUGUCUGUGAGUGUUUUAGAAAUAACCUUAACUGGUAGUAACACAGACUCGCCACUAGGAUGCGCUGCAUUUUUGACACAAGAAGGCAAAAGGGAGACCCACGACUGCUGCCUGUGUGACAAAGUUCCUCAAGACUGUGUGACGGUGCUCCACACAGAUGUGGUGUUUUAUACAGCUACUGAACAACACAUACAAACUCACUAAGUUCUAUAUCACCUGCCACGACUCUGUUUACCCCACCGUCAUGAUGACAAGUAUUUAUUGUAUCAUAAAUACCUGUACUUAUUCAGUAGAUCCCCAUGUAUCAAUCUGAUUCUCUUUUAAUAUAUAUUAAUUUAUAUUGUCCUUAUUUUUGUAUUAAAAAGACAUAAUCUGUUACGAUAGCUGAACUAACAAAAACGGUGUCCUCUUAUUUUGAUUGAAAAUGUGUUUUUUGGAUCACUGAGACUGUUGUGCUUGCCAGAGACCUUAGUUACAUUUUAAUCUACAAAUGUGACGUGAAGACCGUGUAUAUUUUUGUUUCCUAAAAGUUUGUACUGUGCUAAUGCCAGAAGGUCUUUAUAUUAGAGUUUCAAAACACUCUUGUGCGUAGCAUUGACCCUAGAAGAUGCUUAGAACUGUUUUUACCUUUUUAACAAAUUGAUGCUUCAACAAUACUGUGACUUUUUUCUAAAUGAAACUACUUUGUUAGCCCCUCGCUCUCAGAUGUUAACAUGUUGCUGCUAAGUUUUUUUGUACCGUAGACUUGGAUCCUGAUCUGUGUGUUCUAUAGAACUUCCUGCGCCUUGUGUAACAGAUAAAUAUGUCCACACCUCUACACAUGUGCAUUGUGCUUUAUAGCAUCCCAUCCCCUCCGACCCCUGACUAAUGUCAGCUCCCUGACUGAUGUUUGUUAAUUAAACACAAUA